AAGUUUCGUGCUAGUUUUAGUCACAGUUUUUUGAUCUUUUUGUUAUUGACGUGCGACGGGUCUCUUUGUUCAAACUUCGGCGACUGCGUUUUAAGUUUCGGUCUUCCAUUUCUGCAAUCAUGGCCGAAGGCGAAGGAAACGUGAAUGUGCAACAACAGAUGGUGAAUGAUGAAGAAGAGAAUCUAAAGUAUUUGGAAUUUGUGCAAGUGGCUGCAAUUCAUGCCGUGGUGACCUUCACAAACCUCUACCUUUAUGCCAAGGACAAGUCUGGUCCAUUGAAGCCUGGUGUUGAGACCGUUGAAGGUACAGUCAAAAGCGUCGUUGGACCUGUCUAUGACAAGUUCCAUGAUGUUCCUAACGAGGUUCUCAAGUUUGUAGAUCGCAAGGUUGAUGAAUCUGUCACUAGUCUGGAUCGCCGUGUUCCCCCAGUUGUCAAGCAGGUGUCUGUGCAAGCUUAUUCAGUAGCUCGAGAGGCCCCAGGUGCUGCCCGUGCUGUGGUAUCUGAAGUUCAUAAUAGUGGUGUUAAGGAAACUGCAUCUGGAUUGGCAAAAACUUUGUACACCAAGUGUGAACCCAAGGCCAAGGAGCUUUACUCCAAGUAUGAACCAAAAGCAGAGCAAUGUGCAGUCACUGCCUGGCGCAAGCUCAAUCAGCUGCCGCUCUUCCCUCAAGUGGCACACGUUGUUGUUCCAACUGCAGCUUAUUGCUCUGAAAAGUACAACCAGACAGUACUUAGCACUGCUGAGAAGGGAUACAGAGUUUCCUCUUAUCUGCCUUUGGUGCCUACAGAGAGAAUUGCGAAGGUUUUUAGCGAUGAUGUGGUUCAAUCCCCAGAAUGUGUUUCCAGCUGAUUAAGAGAUGAUGAUGUGCUCAAGAAAUGCAUCUUGGUGUGUAUUAUAAAUGUGUUGAUUUGUUACGAGUACUUGUGCAGAGACAAAUGUGAUGGUAUUUGAAGUUUCAUGUGGGAAAUUUGGAAUAAUGCCAAUUUAAUUAUUGGCCUGUGUAUCUCUUGUGUGUGUGUGUGUAUGCGUAGAAUAUUGGAGAUUUCAAGAGUUCAUGGGUUACAACUUUUUGCCAAUCCAGACCACUUGUCACUUGAUUAUGAAGAAAUACAAACAAACUUCUUGAUUA